AUGGCGUCGUCAUCGAACCCCUUCCGCAAGAGUGCGACACAGCACACAGAGAACCGCUUCCCUCCAAUCGACUCUAUAGAUGCCGCCCAGCUAUUCCCGCCUCCGAAAACGAGCUUCCGCGACGAAAACGUGCCUCCGGCCGCACAAUCUCCGGCUGUUGACGCAAACAAGGCCAAGGUCAUCAAAAAGGUCCGCGUUCUGUCACCGCCUCCCCGGUCGCCCGACUCACCAGAGUGGACGACAAGCUACUUUGGCUCUGCCGCCCAUACAUAUGCACAAGAACAAGAUCCCUUCAACAAUGUCGAUAACGAUUGGGACAAUGCAACCGCUACCCCACCUCCUCAGCCGGCCCUUCCGCAGGGGCGGCAGCCGUUGACGGCGGCAGAGAUGCAGAGACCGGUUUCGACGGUGGCCAAUCCAUUCAGCAAGAAGAAAACCCAGGACACUGGGAAUCAUCAGGAGCUAAAGGAGGCUGCAAGAGAGGAGGGCGAGGUGUUGAAGGCGGCACAGUCUGCGAGGCGGUCACUGAACGUGGAUUCAUUUAAACGGCUGCUGAUGACGGGGGCAACGAGCCCGCCAAGCUCUCCGCUCCCAACGGACUCCUUCGAUCAUAGCCAGGCGGAUCAACUCAAGCCUACACCAGAAAUUUCAACUGUCACCUCUACAAACAAAGAGAAAAAGGCUCCUCCGCCUCCUCCCAGCUCACGCCACGGCAAGGUGAUUAAACCCGGGCAGAGCGUCUCUGGCACUGAGAGUGCUGUUACCAGCCCUAAAGAAAAACCGGCCGAACCAGUCGUAUCUAAAACCGAGUCACCACCCCGACCUGUGUUGUCUCAAGAGAGCUCGUCUAGCAGUUAUUCCUCAGAAGAGACAGAAGAGGAGGUGCCUCUUGAGACUGAUACCCAUCCUCCCGCACUCACGGCCAGCCCAGAUCAAAUAGAUACUUCGGUAUCACCCCCCAACAAUGCUAAGAAGCCUCUACCAACCCCGCCACCGAGAAGGCAGCCUCGGAUUGAGGUAAAAACG